AUGACUGAUAAUAUUAAUAAAGAAUCAACCACAACAACAACAACAAUUGAUCAUACAACCAAUUUAUUAAUUGAUAAACAUGUGGAAUAUAUAGUUAAAUUAGGAUCAAAGAAGGAUUCAUUUGAAUAUUGGGUAACAGAACAUAUUAGAAUGAAUGGAAUGUAUUGGGGAUUAUCAUCAUUAUAUUUAUUAAAAUCAUUAGAUAAAUUAGAUAAAAAUGAAGUUAUACAAUGGUUAUUAUCAUGUCAAAAAUCAAAUGGUGGAUUCGGUGGUAACACUUCCCAUGACGAUCAUUUACUUUCAACUUUAUCAGCUGUUCAAAUUUUAAUUCAAUAUGAUGCUUUAGAUAAAAUAGAUAUUAAUUCUGUUGUAGAUUAUGUUGUAAAAUUGCAAAGAGAGGAUGGAUCAUUUGUUGGUGAUCAAUGGGGUGAAGUUGAUACAAGAUUUUCAUAUGCUGCAAUAAUGUGCCUUUCUUUAUUAAAAAGUUUAGAUAAAAUUAAUUGUGAAAAAGCUGUAGAAUAUAUAUUAAGUUGUCAAAAUUUUGAUGGUGGUUUUGGUUCCAUUCCAGGUGCUGAAUCUCAUGCUGGUCAAAUUUUUACAUGUGUUGGUGCAUUAUCAAUUUUAAAUGAAAUUAAUAAAAUUGAUAUUGAUAAAUUAGGAUGGUGGUUAAGUGAAAGACAAUUACCAAAUGGUGGAUUAAAUGGUAGACCAGAGAAAUCAUCAGAUGUUUGUUAUUCAUGGUGGGUAUUAUCAGCAUUAAGUGCAAUUGAUAGAUUACAUUGGAUCGAUAAUGAUAAAUUGAAAAGUUAUAUUUUAAAAUGUCAAGAUAAUGAAACUGGUGGUAUAGCUGAUAAACCUGGUGAUAUUCCUGACGUUUUUCAUACAUUUUUUGGUAUAUGCGGUUUAUCACUAAUGGGUUAUUUCAAAGAUCAAAUCGAAUCAAUUGAUCCAGUUUAUGCACUUGGCACUAAAACUUUACAAAAAUUAGGUCUUAAUUUACCUUGGAAUAAAAAUUUAUAA